UUUAGAAGAUAUCAAAUUAGCAGCUCAAAGUGCUCUGUUGGUUUGAGUCCCCAGUCCCUAUUCAAUUACGUCUGUGUUUUUCACUUUCUCUUAAUUUUCUCUUUCAUUAAUAAGAAAAGAAAAUUACUAUACUUAAUUAAGCAGGCUUCAACUAUAGUCAAAAAGUCAUACUAUUAUACAGUAAACUCUUUUUUCCACAAGAAAAAAGAAGAAAUUAGUAUGUUAUACCCACAAUUUUACUAUCUGGCACUCACUAUUUAAUUUUGAUGAGAAAAAUUUCAAAUAUUUUAAUCCACCAAAAAUUGUAAUUUACAUACUUUUUAUACAGUUUUUAAGGGAGUAAUGAUAAUGAAAGAAUCACAUUGAAAAAGUCCAGGAGUUGAACCAUAUAAAAACAAGAGUUGAGACUUUGGCAAUUGUAAUGUGUCGCCGAUCUCACACCAUUAGAUCUUGGUAUCCACAGUUCCCUUCUCCGCCGUCCGAUCGGCCGCACACGUGCCACAACAACCUCGAUUAUCUCAAUUGUUACAACUAAUCUCCCCCACAUCAAACCUUUAGGGUUUCAUCAUUCCAACAAACGCCGAAGCCUUUUGCCUGCUCAUUAUUUUUCUUGCGUGAAGAUAGAUCUGAUUGAUAUGGAGAAGGAGCUAAUUGAACUAUUCGAUGCGGUAAAACGAGCGGCUGAUGCUGCCGCUGUUGACGGCGGUACAGAUUCCUCACCGGAAGAAAGUAGGUGCCUUGACGCUUUGAAGCGGCUCAAGAAAUUUCCUGUCAAUUAUCAAGUCCUCGUUUCCACACAGGUGGGCAAACGCCUCCGAAUAUUGACCAAACAUCCGAGGGAGAAGAUCCAGGCUUUGGCUUCUGAUGUAGUGAAGAAUUGGAAGACUAUAAUUGUGAGAGAGACGAUGAAAAAUAAGAACGGGAGUGAAGUAAAUGGGGAAUCUGUAAAAGCUGAAUGUGCUGGCGAUGAUGGUUAUGAAGGCAACAAAUUUCUGCGUGUGAACUCGGUGAAAGUUGAAAAGGUGUCAAGGGGUGAGAAUGUUAAGGUUGAGAGGUCAAGUAAGUCUCUGACUCCAAAAUCUGAGAGAGCACUGAAGUCAGAAAGUUCCUUCACUGUCGUACAGUCUGAGAAUGGUACUGUUCUGAAGACUGAGAAUAUGGCUUCCAAAAGUGUAAAGAUUGAGAAGAAGCCAGAGGAUGAGAAAUUGAGCUCUAAUUUAGCUAGUGCUGCCCCACCAAAAUUGUCUGCUCUCAAUUAUUGUAAGGAUUCUGUGAGAGACAAAGUUCGAGAGAUCUUUGCUGAGGCUCUUUGCAAAGUCUCAGGUGAAGCUGAUGACGAUUUGAGGGAUGCCGUAAAUGCCUGUGAUCCUUAUAGAGUUGCAGUUCAGGUUGAGACUGCAAUGUUUGAGAAGUGGGGUAGAUCUACUGGUGCCCAGAAGUUUAAGUAUAGGUCAAUAAUGUUUAACAUUAAGGAUCCAAACAACCCAGAUUUCCGGAGGAAAGUCCUUAUAGGACAGUAUUCACCUCAUAGUAUUGUCGAAUUGAGCCCAGAAGAUAUGGCAAGUGAUGAAAGGCAAAAGGAGAAUAAAAAGAUAAAAGAAAAAGCAUUAUUUAAUAGCGAGCUUGGAGGUCCUCCAAAGGCCAGUACAGAUAAGUUUAAGUGUGGUAGGUGCGGGAAAAAUCAGACCACUUACUACCAGAUGCAAACUCGGAGUGCUGAUGAACCAAUGACAACAUAUGUCACGUGUGUAAACUGCGAUAAUCGCUGGAAGUUUUGUUAAACUUGAUCUUGUUAGCAUUUGUAACUCAGUGGUGUCACAUGAUGAAAUUUAUAGGCCUUUUCGCAAACUAUGAUUUAGUUUCUAGGUUAUUUUUUUUAAUUGUCUUCUUUGAGGCGGUAUCUGAUAUUGUUACGAUCGCCCAAGCUAUUUAGUUGUACGGGAUGUUGUAACAUAUGAACCGUGUCGUUUUCUUUUCUGA